AUGGCAGGACACAGACGCAAUCAGAGCAGAGGUUCAUUCUCCAUAUUUUCCUUUGAUACAAUUCGGUCGUUUAGCCGUGCAGGUUCGAGACAAGCGGCUCGAAUUCCCUCCAGGGAUGAGCUGCACGAACGCGCCGUGUCCAGCCUUUCCUACAACUGCGAUCCUCACAAUCAACCUCCUUCUUCUCCAAGUCCACACGCUACCAAGUUUCAUUCACAUGUCUCCUCGAAACCAGCAUGUCCAACACAUCAAGAGAAUAAUGGUCAGAUCCCUGGGCGGUUUGCGUCCUCAACGAUCACUGCUCGUGCGCUGUCAGCUCGGCAAAAGGUCAGCCAGAUACUGCGUCCAUUGUCGUGGUCUUCCCUUCAGAAACCAUUCUCGCAAGGCCCAAGUUGCCCUCGCAGCGUCUCCACCCAGCUUCCAAAGGCCUCUAGCACCUCCACAGUUGGGAGAAGCGUCAUUUCAGCUCCUACACUGACCAGUACCACAAAUGUUGAAAUUGCUCGAACCGAGUGUGUUCAUUGUGGAGAGAUAUCAGAGGCUGCAUUCUCGCAAUCCACUUGGGAUUCGCAAGUGGAUUGGGUCGCUCGGACCUCUGUCGACAAGUCUUCCACUUCUGGACAUGACUCUCAUUUCGAGAGAGCCCAGCCCGGCAAGGAAGGUGCCUCACCAGCCGGCCGAACAUUCAGAGGCGGACGCAUGUUCAGUCUGGGCAAUGCUCUCAGAGCGAGGAUCAAACCUUCCUCAUUGAGCAACUGGAAGGAGAAUGCUUUGCUGCCACAAAGCUGUCCUCCCGCAUCUGGCGACCCAAUCGUCCAAAAUACGUCAAGUAUCCGAGCGGAUCCGCGAUAUAGAGUGGAAACUCUGGGCCACUACAGGGGCAAGAUGAAAGGAUUUGCAUGGGGCAGUCAUAUUCGACGCAAAUCAGUAAAUAACGCCCCCAAUCUCUUGAGCUCACAGCAAGAUCCGCCUCUUCUGGGAAGGCUCAACGACAUGGAUGCAAUGAGAAGCCAUACCAUACAGGGCGAUGGCGACUCGGCUUUCGGUUCGUUGACCAGAUCGUUUGCCAGCGCAGUGGAUAAACUUGACUUUCACUCUCCUCUUCCACACAAUGCAUCCUUCUUGAGAUCUAAGUCGUCCUUUUUCAAUAUCAAGAAGGGAAUCUCUGACAACAAUGGUCAUCAAGAGCUCAGUCAAACAGAACAUGAAAAAGCAACCUUCGCUAGCACGUCUUCCUUGCAUAAGUCAGAUACCACUAAAAGGGCCAAGCCGCACGUAGUCAUACCCUUACGGGGAGGAAAUCCGUCGACAAACGGCAUACUCGCCGGGCGCAAGAUUGCACCUGAGCCUAUUGUUUACUCACCGGAGCACAAUGGAUACAUACCUUCGAAACCAGUGGAGGGUCAUCCAAAGGGGGUCCAUCCCCUUCGAAUGCACCCACCGAGUCCGAAAUCCACAUUGGCCAUGAAGCCCCAGAGAGCAGAAACACCCAGUCAGAUGAGCGAAGAUGGCAGCGAGUGUAUCAGCCUAGAGGAUGCUCCGAUAUACUCGCCUUCGCUGGGGGACCUGAGCCAAUAUGCACGUGAGACACCACCAUCCAGCAAGAACGCCAAGCUACAGCCGCGCAAGGCUGUCGCAAUUGAUACAACUCCAACACGGGUGUUUGUGAAGGAGAAGAAACAUAAUUCAUCGCUAGGUGUUUCAUUGAAGAAGAGCAGCAGCGCUUUGAGCCUCUUCAGCAAAGGCAGGUUAGCCAGAGUGGCUGCAGCAGCAGACAAAGGACAUCGACACGGAUCACGAGCAUCGACGUUGCCUCGAACGGAAGGUGUAGCUCUCCAACCGCGCGAUACCAAUCAAAAGAUGGGCCUUCCAAACGAAAAACAAGUCAAGAAGAGUCGGAGUCUCCAUCUUGGCGGUCUUUUCAAACGCGAGAGCAGUUCAACCUUGGGGCCAAGUACGCCACGAGAUCGAAGCACAGGCUUCCAACCAGCAACACCUUCACCAUUGCGAAACGUGACCCGGGUUCGUCGAAGCCAGUCGACUGCACAGGAAAGCCCUCCGCUGCUCACAAAAGGUGCCGUUCAA